AUGGCAAGCAUUCCUUCAUGUGCGGGCGAAGAGCCCGGCAGUCAGGAGGGAGUUCUGUCUGCAUCGGUCAAGGCAGCAGCUCUCCUGGAUCAACUGCUUCAGGGAUUGGGAGAAGAGGAGAAACGUGUCGCAGGCGUUGUCCUGAAGCACUGCUUGUCGACUCUCUCCGAAGCAGACUCAGGGGCAAAGGGGCGUGAAGACGGUGCGCAGUCGUGCGACAAUUCGACGCCAACAGCUGAGGAACAUGACGAAAGUGAGAAAUGCAUGCGCCUGUCUGCUGCAAAGCUCGCGCGGGCGGACCGCGCUGAGUCCAGAGCGGAGAAAGAUCUUUUUCUCUCGGCGGCAGCCGCCCUCCGUCAUCAUCUGCGUCCCGUCGCUUCUCGGCACCCAGCGCCAGGAACCUCGGCUGAAAGACGCGGGCCGUGUUGUUCCGCUUGUUCGUCGCCCGCUUGCGGAAGGGUGCCUCGCCCAGCGCCGCAGCAGAAUGCUGGUCUUCCCUCUCUGUGCGAUUGCGCAUGCCCCGCAGCAGUGGAGAGGACCUUGAGAGGGGUUCGCGCGGCAACAGCCGUUGCGGAGGCGCGGGUAUCUGCCGAAACCGAGCCGCGCACCUUCGCGCGUGUGACGACAGCAGCGGGCGCCGCUGCGACGGCGGCUGCGGCGGCUGCAUGCGCGGCGCCAGAUUUCCUCGAAGCGGCCUGCACUGUAGCCUCGAAUCUUGUCUGUGCGGCUGUCCGGGCACAGCUGAGAGCAGCGCAGGGAAACUGCAAGGAGACAAAAGAAACAGUUCUUCCAAGGAUAAUCUAUAGCUUGUACUGCGGAGGAUGCACCACAGGAAAACUAGCAUCCACGAUGUCUCGCCACGAACAGGACACUGCGGCGGACGAUCGUGUCUCGUUGCCAACGAAGGCGACCAAUAAUUCGCCUCUUGGUAGGACGGGCGAUGGUGACAGAAGCCGACAGCCACUGCCGGAAACAUGUGAGCAGGGGUGCGACCCUAUUGCGGACCUCGAGGACUCGAGUCCGUUGCCGCUUCUGCCAACAACCUUCAAUGUGCUUUUAACCCAUGCUGAACAGACAAGAGACGAAGACCUACUGCUGCUGCUUCUCGCGAUUGCUCAAGAGCCGUCGCUGGUCUCGCGGUCUGCCCAGUCAAGUCCACGACGUGCUUCCGGCAGCCUCCCGCUGUCCAGCGCCCCUGAUCUCGCGCAGGGAUCUUCAACUCCCCAAAACUCUCUGGGGAAACUCAGACCCUUUCUGACACUCUCCGACAGCUCGGCCAUCGUCGUCCGCGGUGUUGGCGCCGCGAGUGCCGGCUGGCGUGGUUUCUGUGUGGGGAGCAGAGGAAGCGCCAGUGGAACGGACGCUCGCAGUACCGUUGGGAACCAGGAUGCAGAUGAGUUGCACGAGAGUCGCACUUACAAGCACACUGAUGGAGAAGGUCUGAACGAGUGUCAGGCUCUUCCAUUUAAAAUGAGCAUCUUUGCCCCGGCGGAAGACGGCAGAGGCCUGGGGGAUGACGGGAGCGUUGCAGCCACUCGCACGAGCACAAUGAACGACGGCGGCAACGUGCCCCUAGUGUCCGGCACGGGUGGUUCUGCUGCCCCGAUCUCUUCGACCGUGGUCGGAGAAGACUGCUGGGGGGAAGACAACGUGGCGGCCUCUGCCUUUCCGUGCCAGCAAGCGGGAGAUGUGUCGCGGGCGAAGAAAGGAGGGUUUCGGCAGGGGCCUGCAUGUGGCGAAGCCUUGAAUGCGCCGCGCGACCCACGAUCUUCUGACGUGUCGGCGACCAGUGUUGAGCAGUUUCUCUUGUCGCUUACAAGUGACGCAAUGUCCACAACGUCCUGUUCCUCGGAACUGUCGUCUGCAGCGACGUCGUCCUUUACUUGCGUCUGUGGCCGGCCGUCGUGUCCACUGUGCUGCUGUCCUAUCGAGGAACCUCAGCGCUCGGAGGCGGCGGGGGAGGCUGCUCUUCCCCGGGGCCUUCAUCGGGUGGGAGCAGAGGGCGCGCGACAGCAGAGCGACGCUCUCGUCGAGCUGCUGCGUAAGGCGCAUUGCAUGCCGCCGCCUGGGCUGUCUCUGGGGGGUGGGUGUGCCCCGUCCGUGGACGAAAGGGGGUUAGCCAGCAAGCAGUCGGGCAACGCCCGGAGCAACUUGGAGGUUAUGCAGGAAUCCAACUCGUGUUCCACCGGUGAUCGGAGCGACAGCAAUGCCCAGACGGAAAACGGGGAAGGAAACCGCGCAACUGCGGAGGGAGAUGUGCUGGCUGCUGCGGCGCUCUUAAAGUCUCUGUCCCUCCAGUGUGGAAGGGCUGACCCGACCACGGAGACUGAAGCCUUUCCCGGAAUCGACGCAGAGCUCGCCCAGCGCUUGUUGCAUUUUGUGCAAGUGUGCGGCAGUCGUAACAGGACAGGCUCGCACAACGACAAGGUGGCGGUCGUGCUGCGGAACGGUCACGACGUCGAAGGCACGAAGCAGCUGGCGAGCGACGUCCUCGCGCACCGAAGAGAGGGACAAGGAAGUGCAGCCGAUCGAGCACUGUCGACGACUGACUGUUCAUCCGUUGACACCAAGAGUAGCGUCGAUACAGCUGCAGACGCCGCUUGCGAGAGGGUUUCGAAGUCGGGUUCUCCAGGAACAGCCCGACUGGGUCCAGCUGGGAAGCCCAGAUGCCCGAAGGCGACGCCGCAAUUCUUCAGUGUUCCCACAUGCGGCUACUCACUCCCUCAGUCCGACGUAGCGGAGGGGGAAGCAGGCCGUGCGGAUCGCGUGGAAACCACUGCAGACGGUGUUGGAAAAAGACAGGAGGAUUUGAGCGGCGAAGCAGUGGGGGGAGCGUGGGCAGACGAGCGCGGGGGCGACGAUGUUUAUCGGUACGGCGUCCGUCUGAGACACUUGGGAAGUACGGGCAAAGUCAAGGCGUGCUGGACCGUAUGGAGCAAACUGAAGAACAGCCGAGGUUUGCAGCCAAACGCAGUGGCAUAUGGGUGUAUGUACGAUGCGCUCGUGAGCAACGGCCGCGUAGUAGAGGCCCUGGAGCUCUUCGAGGAGAUGAAGCGGGAAGGCCAAGUUCUGCCCAACACCAUCAUGUACUCCACAAUAAUCAAGGGGUUCGCCCAGAGCAAACAGCUGGAUAAGGCGCUCAAGAUGUACGCGGAGAUGCAGCAAAAUGGAGUGGCUAUCAACAUUGUUACCUUCAACUCCAUUGUCGAUGCCUGCGCGCGUGUCGGUGCGAUGGACAAGGCAGCGAUGCUUCUCGAGGACAUGCUCUCUCAGGGAAUCAAGCCUGACUUGAUCACCUUCUCGACGAUCAUAAAGGGAUACUGCGUGCACGGAGAGAUGAAUAAAGCUCUACACCUCUUAAAGGCGAUGCGAGAGAGACAGAUCAAGCCCGACGGUGUACUCUACAACUCUCUCCUGGAUGGCUGUGUCAAAACUGGGAGGGUAUCGCUGUGCGAAUACCUGUGGGAGGAGAUGCAAAGGGAGGAGAUUCCGCCGUCCAACUUCACGCUGACCAUCCUCAUAAAAAUGCACGGGCGUCUAUACCAGCUGCAGAAGGCGUUUGAGCUCGUCAAGGAGUUGCCGCGAAAGUACGGCUUCACCAUCAAUGCCCACGUAUACACGUGCCUAAUGGCGGCGUGUAUUGUCAACAGGGAGUACUCUCUCGCUCUGGAAGUGUACGACUGUAUGGAGCGGAAUGCUGUUCGCGGGGACCCAAAGACGCUGACCACCAUCGUUGGCGGAUGCAUCAAAGGGCGGAUGAUUCGCGAAGCGGUCAACAUCGUCGAGCGGGCUCUGGAUCAAAUGGCUCCUUCGGGGGGGUCGGCAGCAAACGGUCCCGGCGGAGACCUGGGCCCUUCACAGCACUGCGGAAUGGCUCUGGUAGACGAGAAGACACUUCGGUUUGUGGUCCAGCAAACCAAGGAGCUUGGACUGCCACUGGUCCACAAGGCCAUACGCGUCGGGCUGCUUCGUGGGCGGAACGCUGCCACAGCCUUGCACGUCCUGGGAAGUUCUUCGGCUCAGUCUGGCCCCCUAGGUCCCCCUCGAACGGCGUUGGGCGGCUCGAAACAGCGCAACAGCCACAACAGCUUCCCGCCCGCGCCUCCAAGAUGUCAGCUGGGGAGUUUCCUGAAUGACGCAGAGAGCCUCCCGGGUAACCACGGCCAGAACGAGGGGCUCGACGUGAUGUCCCGUGCUAAGGGACGUGCGGGUGCCUGCUCCUCUGUUCAAGUUGCGCCGUCCUCUCUCCCAUCCAAUGCCGGGUAUGGAGCGUGUUCGAAUGGCGCUAACGUAGGUUACUCGCCGCAGUUUCGCCAACAAGCAAUGAAUGCGGAAGGCUUCACCUCGUAUGCACCGUAUCAUAUCCCUUCGGCAAUACAUGAAGCUGACUCUAUCGCGAAGAAGCUGGCCGGAAACUCACAGAGAGGAAUUGACGCGCAAACCGUCUCGGGCAACUGCCGAUACCCAGAGCAGUAUCCGGACGCUGCAGUGUGGCGAUAUGGAAGCAGCGUACAUCUAGACGGCGACACGCGGAGAGGUGCACUCGAAGUGUGCCCCGACCAGUUUCCUGGUAGACAGACCGGAGGAAGCACUGAACCGUGUGCUGAUGGCGAUCAGGCGCCACGGCCCGGUUCGCUCCAUGGCGUAUCCGGGGACGGAUUCGAUGGUUCCUUUCUUCCCACGCUUCUAAGUGUCCAUUUGUCAUCUGUCAGCGAACUGCAUGCGAAUUCGCAGCAGGGCCGAGAAGAGACAGUUUCUGGCCACCCGCGAGAGUUCGUGAAUGGCCGAGGCAUCAGCUGUGCUUCCGGCGGCAGUGAGAUGAGGCCCUUUGGAAUGAGCCCAUUUCCAGGUGUUUCUGGCAGCUGCACGGAAGUUUUCACAAACAAGUUGGACCGUAGAGGAUGCGAGUUGUCUGCAUCAGGCGGGGACGGGGCCAAUGGAAGGGAGCCUGCAUCUCGGGCGUCGGCGGUUUCCCCUUUGCAUGCGCAACCGUUUUUGCCAUCGCCGCUGGACUCCCCGGCGGGAACGCCGGACGGUUUGGCUGGCUCUUCGCCAGAGGGGAGCUUUGGCCUUUUCUCGGGACCAAGAGCCGACACUGCAGGGAAAGAGAGGCGUCGCAAUCCGCCCCAACGUCGCAGAGGAGAGGGCGGGCACCAAAUGCUUUUUAACAACUCCGGCUUUGCGAUGCCUUCCGUUUAUGGUACCUUUGGAGUGAGUGUCCCGUUUAGUGACGGUGAAGGCAGCAGCGAGGCGUACAGCUGGAGAGAUGGCCUGCAGAGCCACCGCCCGCGGCGAUUUGGGGCUGGUUUGGGACCAGCAGACCAGCUAGGUUUCCUCGACGGUUGCCGACGACGUGCACGCGUGCACCCACAGCCUCCGCCGCCUCCUCACUUUGCUGGUGCUCCGCAUGGAGCGCCGGCUCGGGGCGCCGCUGGAAACGGGUACCUCGGCGGAGCUGGGAGGAGACGGCGGCAGUUUCAGGGGCACAUGUGGCGGGCUGAUGCGCGGCAGCUUCCAAAGAAGGAAGGCUGCUAG